AUGUCCAAGCUUUCUUUAAAUCCCCAUCUGGACAGUAAAGAUGAGACAGUUAAUCUUCGAUUAAUGAAAAGACGAGAAUUACGUUUACAACGAAUGAGAAAAAUUAGUGAUUCAGAAAAAACUCAAUCAUUAGAUCGUCAAUCAACCCGAUUAUCUUCUAGUCGAAUGUCAUCAACAAAAAAUAACUCGUUAGAUGAAAGACAAACGAGAAAAGAGAAGUACGAUCUUUCGAAUACAAGAACUAGUAGUAUAAAUGAACCAACACAGUCCACAAAGGCUGAGGUUUCUACCUCACCUCAAACUUUGUUGCCGUUAAAAAAAGAGACCGCAUUAAGACCAGAGACAGCAUUAAGACCAGAGACAGCAUUAAGACCAGAGACCGCAUUAAGAUCAGAGACCGCAUUAAAAAAAGAAACCGCAUUAAAACCAGAGACUGCAUUAAAACCAGAGACUGCAUUAAAACCAGAGACUGCAUUAAAACCAGAGAACGCAUUAAGACCAGAGACCGCAUUAAGAUCAGAGACCGCAUUAAAAAAAGAAACCGCAUUAAAACCAGAGACUGCAUUAAAACCAGAGAACGCAUUAAGACCAGACAAUCCAUCUAAUUCAAGCCAAAAGAGUGCAUCGGUUUCAAAAACCGGAUCAGAAUUGAAUGAAGAAGGAUCGUACAAACAUCAAACAUCACAUUCUUCACCAGUUAAUUCAGAUUCACACACAGAUCGAUCUGAUGUUCCAGUAUCGAAGGUGAAAAUUCAACCUAAAUCAAUUACUAACAGCGCGUCUGUUGACAAUGAUUCAGUCUCUCGUAAAACUGCCAUAUUACCGUUAAUAAGUGAGCAGCGCUCUCAAUCUGAAUAUCUGCACGGUGAAAAACUAGUGCCAUCUCGUAAUGCAAGUAUCAUACCGUCAAUGGUAAAUGGCGAUAGAAAUUUUUAUACGGUUUCAAAUUAUUCUACUCCUGUAAGUAGGACUCAAGAACAAACCAGUUUUCCAUUUGUAGAGUCAGUACCACAACCAUUCAAUGUUAAUAAUUCUAUACCUCCUCAGAUUCUAUUUCCCUUGCUUCCUCAACUUAAACGGGCAGUAUCAGAUCAGACGAUGUACAAUUCAAGUCAAAUACAUCCACCACCAUUAUCACAAAAUCAAACGAAUUUAAAAAAAACCGCCGUCUCGUAUCUGUUUAGUCAACGUUUUAUUCAAUCUGACAAUAAUCAUUCAAAUAAAACAACAACACCAGAGCGUCUAUCGGCAUGGGAUUGA